ACCGGAAGUAGAGCUGUCAGGCACGUGUGUCUUCAUUUUGUUUCCUCUGUUCUGUCACCUGACUUUGUCGGAUAAAGUGAAAGUAGAGAAAGGAGCUAAGAUGGCAGAGAGCGAAAAAUCACCACGCCAGAGAAGAAGACGUUCCAAGGGGAGACCUCCAAACUUUAGGCUGGUUCUUGUUGGAAAAACUGGCGCUGGAAAGAGCUCCAGUGGAAACAACAUACUGGGAAGAGACGCCUUCGGUGCUGCUGUCAGCCAAUCCUCAGUGACCAGAGAAUGCUGUAAGCAGAGCGAUGAGGUCUACGACAGACAGGUCACAAUCAUAGACACUCCCGGCCUCUUUGACACCUCGUUACCUGAGCAAACAGUGAAGAGAGAAAUCGCAAAAUGCAUCAACAUGUCGGCCCCGGGACCCCACGCCAUCCUGCUGGUCAUCAAGGUGGGGCCUUUCACCAACGAGGAGCAAGAUGUUGUCAGGCAGGUGGAGGAGAUCUUCGGAGAGGACGCCUGGAAGUACACCAUCAUCCUCUUCACCCAGGAUGAACAAACUGGGCCAGACAUCGAGCGACAGCUGGAGUGGGCUGGACCUGAGCUACAGUCCAUCCUGAGGAAGGCAGGAAACAGAUAUCAUGUCCUCAACAACAACAAGACCAAUGAUCGAGGACAGGUCCUGGACCUGCUGGAGAAGGUGGAGGAGAUGGUGACCAACAAUGAGGGACAGUUUUACUCCAACUACACCUACCUGCAGGUGGUGGAGAUGUUGAAUCAGAGAGAGGCAGAGCUCAGAGAGUUCUACCAGAAACAAAUGGAGGAGGAAAUUCAAGCUGUGGAGUCAAAGUACAAGAAGAUGCUGAGUGAAGCUCAACAGGAGCGUGAAAAGGUGCAGAAACGCCUUCAGUCUGAGCAGCAGGAAGUGAAGCGCUACUAUCGUGCUUUAGAAUGCGGAGUCCGUCAUGUUGUAGAGCAGACAGUGCUGACUGACUCCAUGGAAGACAUCCUAAAGUUUCACGAGGCACUGAAACUGAAAUUCACCUCCUAUGGAGGCUGUCUGAGGCUCUUCUCCCCCCUCACAAUGCAUAAUGGUUCAGUCCACCACUGCAGCUGCAGGUGCAGAAGAUGCAUCGCAAAACAGUUUAACGAGCGGAGUGGCAGCUGCUCAGCAACAUGUCAUGUCUUACCUAAGAAAGCAGAAUCAGGGAGUCUUAAACGAAAGGAAAAGGCAGAAAGGUACAGAAAGCAAGGAGAGGGAAGACAACUCCUCACACAUUUCUUUCAAAAGAAAGAAACAGAAAGGAGGAGAAGAUUGAGUAUGGAUGAACCUCCAUCAGUGUCUGACUUGAGACUGGUUCUUGUUGGGAAGACUGGAUCGGGGAAGAGUUCCAGUGGAAACACUAUACUAGGAGGACUCGUCUUCAAUGCAGCUGCCAGUCGACUCUCAGUGACCAGUGUGUGCUGUAAGCAGAAGGGAGAGGUGUCAAGCAGAGAGGUGACCAUCGUGGACACUCCUGGCCUCUUUGACACUUUGCAGGCUGAUGAUACAGUGAAGAGAGAAAUCUCAAAGUGCAUCAACAUGUCGGCCCCAGGGCCCCACGCCAUCCUGCUGGUCAUCAAGGUGGGGCCUUUCACAGCAGAGGAAAGAAACGCUGUCAGAAAGGUGGAGGAGAUCUUUGGAGAAGAAGCCUGGAAGUACACCAUCAUCCUCUUCACAUAUGGCGACAGAGUGAAGUCAGACUUUGAACAACUGGUAAAGAGGGCUGGACCCAAGCUGCAGGAAAUCCUGAGGAAAGCUGGAGACAGACAUCAUAUCUUCAAUAAUCUCAAAGUCAACGAUCGAGGACAGGUUCUCGGCCUGCUGGAGAAAGUGGAGAAAAUGCUGGCUGACAACGGAGGACAGUUUUACUCCAACAAAACCUACCUGGAGGUGGUGGAGAUGUUGAAUCAGAGAGAGGCAGAGCUCAGAGAGUUCUACCAGAAACAAAUGGAGGAGACAGUUCAAGCUGUUGAGUCAAAGUACAAGAAGAUGCUGAGUGAAGCUCAACAGGAGCAUGAAAAGGUGGAGAAAUGCCUUCACUCUGAGCUGCAGGAAGUGAAGCGCUACUAUCGUGUUUUAGAGAGCGGAGUCCGUCAUGUUGUAGAGCAGACAGUGCCGACUGACACCAUGGACGACAUCCUUAAGUUUCACGAGACCCUGAAGUUGAACUAA